UUGCCCUCAACCACCACGCGAGUAAAACUCUCACGAACUAGUCAAAGGUCUGCCAAUCAGAAGGUAGAUAACUGGAGAUAGAGGCGAGCAUGAACCCCAAAAAAAGUCUGUACCGAAGUGGAGUAGUGUAAAUAAUUCAACGAUUCCAGGGUAAUCGGGGGAAUCGUUGUUGGUAUCGUAAUGGCAAGGACGAGAUGUUCCGCCCGCCUUGCUCUGCAAGUUUCGUUGGGCUGGUUCCGAGCAGUAGGUACCCGGCGCAUCUGAAUGAAUGUAAUUGAGGCCUCUUUGAAAGCGCCUCCGUGCAGAUCGUCUGCUUGUUAGCCUGUCAAGUUAAAUAAGCAGCAGUAGCUUUGCUCGGCUCCCAUUUCUUCUCAAAUUCUCAUGAGAACUUGUCUCAGUUGUUCCCCCCUGCCUCCACCUUGAACCGAUUCCGGCUUCGCUGUCUAGCAGCUUCGUGUGGGUUGUUUUGGCAGUGGAUUUCUCUGCGUGGUCCGCCAUAGCUAGUUUCGGAAGCCAUCUUCGGUGGUGGUGGUGGUGGGUUUUGCACAUGAUCGUUGGUUUCAAGUAUCGUUGACGUGGAAUGCGAUUGCUUUCACUACUGUGUUGGACCCUAGAAUUUGAGGGAAUAAUUGAAGUGGGUGUUGUUGGGUUUGUAUUGGAAAUACUUUUUAAUUUGACAAACCGUCCGAGACGCAAUGAUCGUCACUGACCUUCCCCCUGGUUACCGAUUCUCCCCCUCUGAUGUGGAGCUAGUGGCGCAUUUCUUGAAGCGGAAAAUAAAUGGCGAGCGUUUUGAUGUGAAUCCGAUCGUAGUAGUGGACCUCUAUAAGAUGGAGCCAUGGGACUUGCCAGUGAGGUCUGUGAAUGGAAGUAACGACCGGGAAUGGUACUUCUAUAAUGCACGUGACAAGAAGUAUCCAAGCGGUUCUCGCACCAACCGAGCAACAGAAUUGGGUUACUGGAAGUCGACAGGGAAGGAUAGAUGUAUUCGGUGCAAGUAUGCAAAUGGCAUGAAGAAAACUCUGGUGUAUUACACGGGUAGAGCUCCCAACGGUGAACGUACUGAUUGGGUUAUGCAUGAGUACCGCAUGGAGGAUAAGUUUUAUGAAUCUUUGAAGGAGAGACAGGAGCCUUAUGUUCUUGCUCGCGUCUUUCACAAGAGUGGUCUUGGGCCCAAUAACGGAGCUCAGUAUGGAGCCCCGUUCAUCGAGGAACCCUGUUCUCCUUCACAUGAAGAACCUUGCACCUCUACUCAUGAACAGGUCCAGCCCUCCUCGAUCGAUUUGGAGCCGGAGCCGGCUGUGAUGAUCAAACCUGAAGCACUGCCCACGCAAACUUCAAGCCGAGAUGAUUUUUUUUCUGAAGUUGGAAGGGCAAAAUUAUUGUAUGGGACCCCGGGUCAUAUGAGCUGUGGAGAUGGGCAAUCUUUUUUCCCUGAAAUGCUUGGUACCAGUCAAGCCAGUUUUGAAGAUCUGCUUUCGGAGGAGGACCUCAAAUCAUUGCUGCAACCUAUGUAUGACACGGGGGCUGAAUCUUGGAAGGAAUUCCCUAUCGACCAGAACUUGUAUGGGAACCCCGGCCCUAUGAGUUACGAAGAUGGACAAUUUUGUUUCCCUGAAAUGGUUAAUACCAAUUCUGCCAAUUUUGCAGAUUUGUUUACGGAGGAGGACCUCCGAUUAUUGCAGCAACCUACGUAUGAUGUAGGGGGUGAAUCUUGGAAGGAAUCAAUUAUCGACCAGAACUUGAUGUCAGGCGAGAAUGUUGUGGGCGAUUUCGACUAUGCGAAUGACUUAAAGGUUGGAAUUCUUCCUCCUGAUUCUGUGGAGGGCACUGGUAUUGACAAGAGUUUGAUGAUACCAUGUGGAGGGGUUUUUGAUCCGGGAGAUACUGGAAUUCAGUUGAUCCCUAGGAAAGGUUUUUCAGCAAUGGCGCAAUUAGACUCUCAGGGUGAUGUUGCCCGUAGAAUACGAUUGGUGCGGCGUGAAGCGCCGGGCAACAAGUCGAUGGAUAUCUUUAAGUCUGUGUCGACUUCCAAUGGCGUGUCCAAGAUCUUCCACACGAGUGAGUCAUCUGGAGAUUCGAUGACCUUUGUUUCUGAGCAUUACUCCAAAGAUAAAUCUCCAGAUCUCGACCUCCACAGAUCUUCAGAAGAAUUGUUGAUGGACUUUGGACAAGUAGAUUUGGCAAGUGAAGGCAAUUGUGAUGUCACAGAUUCAUCUGAAGAUAUCGGGACUAGUAUUAAAGGGUCGCCACUUUCGUCAAUUAGUAAAGAGCAGCCUGCUCUAACUCAGGAUGAGGCUACACCUUUCCAGACGCAACCGGAUAUGACGUUCGCUACACAUGCUCCUGUAAAUGAUAGGCAGAGACCUAAGGAUGUGCCUACACCUUCUCCGCAAGCUGCAGACUGUGAACAAAAUCCUCCCGAAAAACCUUCAAGAAUGCAUGGUCUUCUGCCAAUAUCUCCAGAUUCAGCUGUUGAAUCACCUGGCUUCACCAGCACCUACGUGAAAACUUCUGAUUCACAUCUGAUUGCUUUACACGUAACCUGUUCGAGCUCUGAAAAUGGUUCCAAGCGUGUGCAGGCUGUUGUGAUGGACUAUACUGAAGGGAGGUUGCACCAAGGAGUCCUAUCUGGAACAUGGAGACCUUGCACCGAGAAUUGCAACCAAGCAGACUGUGAUCAGUGUAGUGCAAGAAGCCAACCUCAAAGGCACAUUACCAAGCGGUAUGGGAAUGGUUUUGUGUUCGUGUUUUUGUUGGGAGUUGUUACAGCAUCCAUUUGGUACUUCAUGAUGUCAGGCACAUCGGGUAUGGCCCCGCAUGUGUAGAAUGUGAGUUCGUAAAUGUAUCACACAUCCACCUCAUAGGUAGCCAUAAGAUAUCCAAUUGUACGUUUCGUCUCCCUCCACGUCAAGUGAUACAUGUUUGUCGAAAGCAUUUCAGGGAAAACAAAAACAACGUAGUUUGGUUAAAUUUUAUCCUAUCAUUUGAUCCGUUUUUAUCUUUGAAUUUUAUUACACGCAGUUGAGGGUAAUGGAAACUGCUUUCAAAGUAUGUAUACUUGUAUACAUGAAUAUAUAUAUCUAAACAUAUAUAUGAAGUGUAAUAUAUUGUGCAAAAUAACGUGUUGAUUGGAGUUCA